AUGUGUAAUUAUUCUGAGUCUAGGAAAGGUAGAAUUUGGUUAGGGUGGAAGAAUGAUAGAGUGCAUGUUGAUGCUAUUACUGUUCAUGCUCAGUUCAUUCAUUGUAUUAUCAGUACUCUUGAUUAUAGUACUCAGAUCACUAUGUCUUUUUUUUAUGGUUUACAUAAUAUUCAUGAUCGGAAAGAUCUUUGGAGAGGUAUUGGAGCUAUUGGUUCUGUGUCCAUGCCCUGGCUUUGCACUGGGGAUUUUAAUUCUGUUUUGUUACCUGAAGAUAGAGUUCAUGGAAAUGCAGUAACAGAUUAUGAAGUUCGAGAUUUCAAGGAUUUUAUUGAUCAAAUGAAUUUUUCUGAGAUCAAAAGUAAAGGGUCUUAUUUCUUAUGGUCUAAUAAGGCUCACUCAGGCCCUAGAACUCAAACCAAAAUUGAUAGGGGUUUGGUUAAUAGUGAAUGGCUCUUUCAAUUUCCAAAUGUGGAAGCUGUUUAUCUUCCUCCCUCCCUUUCUAAUCAUGCUCCUCUAUUGUAUGAGGUUCUCCCUCCUGCUCCUUGUAAGGGAAAGCCCUUUAGAUUUCUUAAUCAUAUGCUUACUCACCCUGAUUUCAUGAAUAUAGUGGAUGAAAUUUGGAGUGAAGGUUUUCAGGGUAAUGCUAUGAAUAGAAUUUGGAGAAAAUGCAAGAAUCUGAAGGUUAAGCUUAAAGAGCUUAAUACCAAAGCUUAUGGUAAUGUUGAAAUGAGAGUUGAUUUAGCUCAACAGGCUAUUUUGGAAGUCCAGAACCAAAUGGCUAAUGAUCCUCAUUCUGACUUGCUGGUUCAGGAGGCUACUGCUAUUCAACAACUCAAAUAUUGGAGAUUUGUUCAGGAGAGCAUUUAUAGACAGAAAGCUAGGGUGGAAUGGGUUAAACUUGAGAUUGUGUCUUUUUAUAAACUUCUCCUGGGUUCGAGCUCUUCUGUCCUUGAUGCUAUUGAUCUUAAUACCAUGAGAGCUGGGAAACAGCUUUCUGCAGAAGCUCAGAAUUUGCUUAUUAGUCCUGUGGUUAACUCUGAGAUUGACUGUGCAAUCAAAAGCAUCUCUGAUGAUAAAGCCCCUGGAACUUUGCAUCCUCAGUGGAAUUGUACAACUCUGACCUUGGUUCCUAAAAUCCAGAAUCCUUCUUUUAUUAUCUCCAAGAUCUUGACUGCCAGGCUUGCUCAAGUUGUUGGAGAUAUUGUUGAUGAAGCUCAAGCAGGUUUCAUUCCUGGUAAACAUAUUGGAGACAACAUCUUAUUAGCUACAGAGCUAAUCAAAGGGUAUACUCAUAAGCACAUUACCCCUAGAUGUAUGAUUAAGGUUGAUCUGAAAAAAGCUUAUGACUCCAUUGAAUGGAGUUUUCUAAAGGCUGUAAUGUUUGAGCUUCGUUUUCCUUCUGUGUUUGUUAAUUGGAUUAUGGUGUGCAUUUCUACAGUGUCAUUUUCUAUUUUGAUAAAUGGCUCUCCUUCUGUUCCUUUUAAAGCUCAGAAGGGUCUGAAACAAGGUGACCCCAUGUCUCCUUUCCUCUUUGCUAUAGGAAUGGAGUAUUUAUCCAGAUUCUUGCAUGAUUUGGCUACUGUACCUGAUUUUAACUUUCACCCUAGAUGUGAGAGGCUUCUUAUUACUCACUUAAUGUUUGCAGAUGACCUGUUGUUGUUUACUAGAGCUGAUGAGUGUUCUGUUCAGCUUUUGUUUAAAGCUUUUCAGAAGUUUUCUAAAGCUUCUGGUCUUGAGGCUAAUUUGCUUAAGAGUGAGGUGUAUUUUGGAGGGGUUGGCAUUGAUUUACAGGCUGCUCUUUUGAGUAGAUUAGGUAUGGUUGCAGGCUUUAUCCCUUUCUUGGAGUGCCCCUUUCUUCUAAGAAAUUAA